GCUACUAUUAUUGUUUAAGAUUAUGUUGCUACAUGAUGGUAUAGAGCUCCUGAAUUGCAACUAUUAUUGUUUAAGAUUAUGUUGCUACAUGAUGGUAUAGAGCUCCUGAACUGCUACUAUUAUUGUUUAAUUAAGAUUAUGUUGCUACAUGAUGGUAUAAAGCUCCUGAACUGCUACUAUUAUUGUUUAAGAUUAUGUCGCUACAUGAUGGUAUAGAGCUCCUGAACUGCUACUAUUAUUGUUUAAGAUUAUGUUGCUACACGAUGGUAUAGAGCUACUGAACUACUACUAUUAUUGUUUAAGAUUAUAUUGCUACACGAUGGUAUAGAGCUCCUGAACUGCUACUUUUAUUGUUUAAGAUUAUGUUGCUACACGAUGGUAUAGAGCUUCUGAACUGCUACUAUUAUUGUUUAAGAUUAUGUUGCUACAUGACGGUAUAGAGCUCCUUAAUUGCAACUAUUAUUGGUUAAGAUUAUGUUGCUACAUGAUGGUAUAGAGCUCCUGAACUGCUACUAUUAUUGUUUAAGAUUAUGUUGCUACACGAUGGUAUAGAGCUCCUGAACUGCUUCUAGGGGAUAUUAACUAUGGUAAAGAGGUUGAUAUCUGGGCUACAGGUUGCCUCUAUACGGAGAUGUUAACGGGGGAUCCAUUGUUCCCUGGUGACUCGGAUAUAGAUCAAAUAUUUCACAUUGUUAAAAGCCUAGGUCCUUUGUGCCUCAGGCAUAGAGAGCUAAUGUCCCGGAAUCCAGCAUAUAACAACAUUAAUAUAAACACAAACAGUUCUAACCAAGGACUACAGAAUAUGUUCCCAACAUGGUCGAACCAGUCAUUGAGUUUUGUGUCUCAAUGUUUACAAGUUGACCCUGCAAAACGAUCUCCAGGAGAUACAUUGCUCUCUAGUUCAUUGUUCUCCCAGGACGGUUUGAACUCAUGGUUUGUUCAGGAAAUGUCCCGCCGGAUUGUGGAAGAGAAAGGAAUAAAUCCUUUGUUAAAGAAAACUCCUCUGCAGUCCAACAGAAACAUCACAAACAGACCAAAGGAUUCAAACAACAGUAUUGAUGAAAAAGGAUUCCAGGCAAAAAUACGUCGGUUGAGUGACCAUGACACUCUUUUCGAUGAUGUAUUAAAGAAAGCCAACAUGUACAGUGAGAAAUACAGUAAACCUGAUAGAUUAUCUAGUCGUGAACCCUCUGCACAAUCUCAACUGAGAAGUCCUCUGAGUUUGCCAAGUCCAGGAUACGUCGCUAGCCCUGGCCGCACUGUGCGGUUACCUAAGGAUCCACUGAGAGAGCUUUCUGUAUCAGAGAACAAUGAAAGAUGGCGAUCUCCCCUAGAUUCUAAACCUGAACCAACGGAAAAGUUUGGAUUCCUCGAAAAGGCAUUUGAGCGCGCUUUUCAAUUUGAGGACGGGCCUUCUUCGCUUAAUCUAAAUUCAUUAAACAAUUCAAAGAAGGAGGCUGACAGACUGCAGAGUGUUGGGGGGAAGGAGAAGCAGAAGGUUUGGUUACCAAGUGUGGCAGGCGCUACAGGACGAGGUGGAUUACAAGUUUUGGGAAAGAAACCAACUCCUAGUCGAUCAAAUGUACUAGAGGGGAGAUCACAGGUGCAGGUACAAGUACAGAAGGAGCCUGUGCAACAGAGAAGAGGUCGUCCCAAUCUACCUCACGUCUAAACAAUGGUCGGAAACUCUUGAAAAUCUUCGAAUGUGUUAUUGGAUGUGAAUGACCUCCUCCAAUUGGAUAUAGAAACGUCUUUCCUCUUAGUUUAUAGUGAUCUAUGUUUAUAUUUUGAAUGCUGAUUUGAAUAUCUUUAAAUUUUGUAUUGGUAAAACUUGUUUUUUUUAAAUUAAGGUACCACACAGGUAAUUUUAAUAAAUUUUCGGACUUUCAGUAUAUUUUUAUCAGGCUUUUUGUAAUAAGUGUAUUAUGUUUAGCGUUGUUAAAAACCAAGUGUACAAAUGAUACUAUAAAAACAGACUUUACUAUCUUUUUUCUGACUUUUUAUUAAUAUUUUUGAAAAUUUAAACGAUAUCUGAUAAACUUAAGAUUAAAGCUAGAUUAAAAAAUUUCGGUUGAAAUUCUCUGAAUUAAAAUCAAUUUCAGAGCUUAAAUUUGGUUUAAGGAAUAUAAUUAUUUUAUCAAUUGUUUUGAUUUUGUCAAAAAGCUAAAUUAAAUCUAGUUUUUAGUUUUGUGAGAAUUUAUCACAAAAUACACGGAUUGGACAUGAGAGUAUUUAAGCCCCAGCCCUUUUUACUUUUUUACGGUGAAACCCAUGAAACUGUGGAAAAGGAAGACGAAAUUCAAGCAAUCUUUGUUUUGGUAAAAAUAAUACUUUUACAAGUAGCUUUAAAAAUAUGUCUUUCCUGUUCAUAGGUUGAGUUUUAAUGUCGGUAUCUUAUUCCAUAAUUUGCCGGACUGCACUGCCCUGUACUGAAAGUAAAAUUCGGCAGGCCGGGUCGGUACAUGAAUUCACAUAAAACUUACUAGGCCGGGUCGGUACAUGAAUUCACAUAAAACUAACUAGGCCGGGUCUGUACAUGAAUUCACAUAAAACUAACCAGGCCGGGUCGGUACAUGAAUUCACAUAAAACUAACUAGGCCGGGUCAGUAUAUGAAUUCACGUAAAACUAACUAGGCCGGGUCUUUACAUGAAUUCACAUAAAACUAACCAGGCCGGGUCGGUACAUGAAUUCACAUAAAACUAACUAGGCCGGGUCAGUAUAUGAAUUCACGUAAAACUAACUAGGCCGGGUCUUUACAUGAAUUCACAUAAAACUAACUAGGCCGGGUCGGUAAAUGAAUUCAUAUAAAACUAACUAGGCCGGUUCUGUAAAUGAAUUCACAUAAAACUAACAAUGCCGGGUCGGUACAUGAAUUCACAUAAAACUAACUAGGCCGGGUCUGUACAUGAAUUCAUGUAAGACAAACUAGGCCGGAUCGGAACAUAAAUUCACGUUAAACUUACUAGGCCGGGUCGGUACAUAAAUUCACGUUAAACUUACUAGGCCAGGUCGGUACAUGAAUUCACGUUAAACUAACUACACCGAAUAUUUUCAGCCUUAUUUUGACCUCUUAUCCGUCAAAAAACUACCUUAUAUGCCUAAACAUUCAAACUACACCAGGAAAACUACAAAGCUGCAGUAAAACGAAAAAAUCUGCAUCUAGUGAAAAUGGGUUUAAAGUAAAGACUAUAUGAAUUUUAACCAGAACCUCUAGUUUGCCAUGAAUUGGUACAAAUUGAAAUUUCUAAUAUUAAAGCUUUAUGUUUUAAUAUAGCUUACUCAAAG